AUGAGAUAUAUAGAGGCUCUGUCUCGCCUGCCUCCAUCUGAAAUGCUCGAUACAUCAAUGCUCGAUGCGGAAACUGGCGGUGCAUCGAGUGGAUUCAAUUACUCAUCUCAAUAUGCAUCUCGACGAGCUUCAGUUAAUUACCGGACACAAUUUGGAUCAAUGAGUGCCGAUGAAUACCUCACACCGAUGUUACAAGUAAAUCAACGUACCGACACCAAUGUUGCACGACGACUAUCGCGAAAUUCAUUUCUCAUUCCUCCUCAAACAUUUGUACGUCGAGUAACAACAGACGAUCUCAAAGACAAACGUGAACAAUCUGGUUAUUGCUUUGGUGUUCUGAUUGUCCUUAGUUAUUUACUUGUCAUUAUUACAUUUCCAUUAUCGUUGUGUUUCUGUCUUAAAGUUGUACAAGAAUACGAACGAGCUGUUAUUUUCCGUCUUGGCCGUAUCUUAGACAACGGUGCACGCGAGAUUGUUUCUGUCAUGUCUUACCAAGAUGAAAAAUCGUUUCUACGAUGUCACGAAGUCAAUUAUUUCCGACCUGGCCUAUUCUUUCUUUUACCAUGCAUCGAUACUUACAGUAAAGUUGAUCUUCGAACAGUAACAUUCGAUGUACCACCACAAGAAAUUCUUACGAAAGAUAGUGUGACAGUGGCAGUCGAUGCUGUCGUUUACUUUCGAAUCUUCAAUUCAGUUAUAUCAAUAACAAAUGUGGAAGAUGCAGCUAAGUCAACAAAGCUCCUAGCAGCAACAACAUUACGAAAUGUUUUGGGCACGAAAACUCUCCAUGAGAUUCUUGCUGAACGAGAUAAAAUCGAUACUGUCAUUCAAACGAGUCUCGAUGAAGCAACAGAUCCUUGGGGUGUGAAAGUUGAACGUGUGGAAGUGAAAGAUGUUCGUCUGCCAAUUGCUCUACAAAAGGCGAUGGCAGCUGAAGCUGAAGCUUCUCGAGAUGCACGUGCCAAAAUAAUUGCUGCCGAAGGUGAAAUGAAAGCAAGUCGCGGUUUGAAAGAAGCCGCAGACAUUAUCAAUGAAUCACCUAUAGCUAUGCAAUUGAGAUAUUUGCAAACGUUAACGCAAAUCGCUGCCGAACGAAAUUCAACGAUCGUUUUUCCGAUACCCGUCGAACUUUUACAAGCUGUUUCACAGAUACAUCGAUGA